AGGCGCGCGCCAUGGGCGACUAUCUCGUAGUGGGAGUGCACUCGGACGCCGAGGUGGAGCGCAACAAGGGUCCGUGCGUAAUGCGCGAGGACGAGCGGUACGCGGCGGUGGUCAAGGACGCGCCAUACAUAACGGAGCUGGCGUCCCUGGACGAGCACAACAUCGACUUUGUGGUGCACGGUGACGACAUCACCACAGCGGCCGACGGCACCGACUGCUACCAGAUAGUCAAGGACGCCGGGCGCUACAAGGAGUGCAAGCGCACGGCCGGCAUCUCCACGACCGAGCUGGUGGGCCGCAUGCUUCUGGUGACCCGCGACCACCAUAUCCGCGGUCCCCGCAGCUCGCUCACCAUGCAGGGCGUGGAUGAGUCGCGGGUGGCCGAUUUCUCGCACGGCUCGGCGCCUGCCGGGCCCCUGACCGGCAUUGCGCAUUACCUGUCGACCAGCAACAAGAUCAUCCAGUUUUCGUCGGGUCGCGAGCCGAAGCCCGGCGACAAGGUGGUUUAUGUCGACGGUGCCUUUGAUCUCUUCCAUGCCGGACAUAUUGAGUUCUUCAAGCGCGCGCGCCAGCUCGGCGACUACUUGCUGGUCGGCAUUCAUGACGACCAGACGGUCAAUGCCGUUAAGGGAGGCAAUUUCCCUGUCAUGAACCUGCAGGAGCGCGUGCUGGGCGUCCUCCAGUGCCGCUAUGUCGAUGAGGUCAUUAUUGGCGCCCCGUUCAGCGUUGCCAAGGAUGUGCUGGAGUCCGUCUACCAUGUCAGAGGCAUCUACCGCGAGGUCGACCAUCCCGCGCUCCACAUGACCACCACCGCCAUUAUCGAUCGCAUCAUCGAGAGCAGGCACAUUUACAUCGAGCGCCAGGCCCGCAAGGCCAGGAAGGCGCUGGCCGAGGCCGAGGCCGAGAAGGCAGAGAAGAUCGCCAAGGCUGCGGCUGCCAAGGCUGCCAACUGAACCCGCUGCCACGUUCCCAGGGAGCGUUUGUGUUUCCUAAUUAAAAGUCUCAACAUAUCUACUACAUCAUCUGCUGCUCGUAGAGCUGGUUGACAAUCGACAGGAUGCCGCCAAACCCAGCCGGCCGGUCGCCCGCAUACAUUGACAUGUUCAGCGAAUUGCCCAGCUCCGGCGACGCAACCAGCGGCAGCGCCGACAAUUCCAGCCGGUCCGCAGCCUCCUGGUCCUCUGGCUCCUUGCCCUUGCCCUUGCCCUUGCCCUUGCUCUUGCCCGAUACGAUCGGCGCACCCCAGGGUCGGGCCAAACGGCAGCAUGGCCUGCGAUGCCAUCGUGCUCUGCAUGGCGUUCUGCGCAAACGCCCGGAACGGAUACUGCGACCGCCCCUGCUGGCUCGCCUUUGGCCGAUAGAUGCUGGCGCCCGUCGGGAACACCGACCCAGCCAUGCGCUGCUGCUGCAGAAGCC